CUCCUCCAAAUUAAUUUUCUGCAACUCCAAAAUUAGGGUUUCCAAUUCAUCAAAACCCUAAUAAUCGAUUCGAAAUUCCCCUUUACGGUAUCCAAUCAUCAGUUCAUUGAGCUUCUCAAUCCCCCUUUGUCAUGAUCAAACCCUAUUCGCUCGCUCUAAGUCACUGGGUUUAUAUCCACUGAUCACAUCAGAAGCUCGAAUUUUCAAAUUUCACUGGGUUUGUCUCCCAAAGAUCACAUCAGAAGCUCGAGAAACUCGCAAAUUCAAAGAGAGAGUAGGGUCGAACAUUCAAGAUUACAGAAGGUAAUGGAAAUGGAUGGAAGCAAGCGUGUGUUCCAGCGGUUGGGUCCUUCUUCACAAGGGGACAACAGUAAUAAUAAACAGCAAAAAGUUUGUUUUCAUUGGAGGGCUGGAAGAUGUAACAGAUUUCCAUGUCCGUUCUUACAUAGAGAAUUACCGGGACCGCCACAGCAGCAGCAACAUGCGGCAGGGAAUGGAAUGUCGUCGUCGAAGCGGCCUCAUGGGUUUUCUGAUGAUAAUCGAGGUGCGGGAAUGCGGAGAAAUCCAAAUUUUAACAAUACAUGGGGGAGAACUGCUGCUGGCGGAGGUGCAGUUGUGAGGAAGACAGAAAAAGUUUGUAAUUAUUGGGUUAAAGGGAAUUGUACAUAUGGAAACACCUGUAGGUAUUUGCAUUCAUGGACUACUGGGGACUGCUUCACAUUGUUGACAACACUUGAAGGGCACCAAAAGGUUGUUACAGGGAUUGCUUUGCCAUCAGGCUCGGAUAAGCUUUAUUCAGGGUGUACGGACAAGUCAGUACGAGUGUGGGAUUGCCAGUCUGGGCAGUGUGCAGGGGUUGUCAAUUUUGAUGGUGAAGUAGGUUCUAUGCUGAGUGAAGGACCAUGGAUUUUUGUGGGUUUAACUAAUCUUGUCAAGGCAUGGAAUACUCAAACAGGAACUGACCUCAGUCUUAAUGGGCCAGUUGGACAAGUCUAUGCUCUUGUUGUUGGCAAUGAUAUGCUCCUUGCUGGUACGGAGGAUGGGAUAUUGGCAUGGAAAUAUAAUGGGAGCACCAACAAUUUUGAUCCAAUCAAAGCAUUGACAGGACACACCCAUCAUGUGGUAUCGCUGGUCGUUGGAGCUAAUAGAUUAUAUUCUGGUUCCAUGGACAAUUCAAUAAGAGUGUGGAACCUUGAAACUUUAGAGUGCUUACAGAUCUUGACAGAUCAUACAAGUGUUGUUAUGUCUGUUCUGUGCUGGGAUCAGUUUCUUUUAUCAUGUUCACUGGACAAAACAAUAAAGGUUUGGGCUGCUAAUGAUAGUGGGAACUUGGAGGUUACAUAUACUCAUCAAGAGGAUUGUGGUGUGCUUGCUCUCUGUGGCAUGCAUGAUUCAGAAGCAAAGCCUGUAUUGCUCUGCUCUCGCAAUGACAACACCAUCCGUGUCUAUGAUUUGCCAUCCUUUUCUGAGAGGGGGAAGAUAUUCUCUAAGGAGAGUGUCCGUCGAAUCGAGAUUGGUCCUGCUGGUUUAUUUUUUACUGGUGAUGAAUCAGGUCAAGUUAGAGUGUGGAAGUGGUCAACUGAAUCCAGCAGUACAUCUUGAGAGGAUUAAUGCAUUUACAGCGAUAACAUUUCUUUGUUGCUGGCCAGCAAUUAUCUUAUUUUUCUUCUCCCAGUGAGAAAAUGUACCAAGCAAGGAACAUAUAAUAAGAUAAAGAAGUACCAGUUUUGAUUUUCAGAGGUAGUUAGCUUAGAGCCUUGCCGUUUAGUUGCUUUUAACUAUUGAGCUCUUGAUGGGUUCCAGGCAUAUUUUUUCCUAGUCUGGUUUGUACUCAAAAUCAUGAUAUUCGUGUAAAUCUCUGGAGGACAUUUCUGGUCUGCCGUCCUGUAUUGUUUUUCACGAGUUAUGGAUGUAGCUCAAAAUUCUUGUGUUCCUUGAAUAAGUUUGCUAAUGUAUGCACUACUGUUGCACAUUGAAAAAUGUUUCAAUUACAUCAGUAGUACUGGAACAGA